AUGGAGGGUUGGGUUGGGGGUGGGGUGAGGUUGUGGGGGAAAUUUGUGGAGGGGAGUGGGGGAAAUGAAGGUUGUUUGUGGGGGUGUUGGGUGAGGUUGUUUUAUGUGGUUGUUAGAGAUAGGAUAGUGGAUAAGUUUGGUGGGGGAUGGGGUGUGGAGGGGUUGAUGGGUUGUGGAGAGGUGGUUGUGAUUGUGGGGUGGUGUGGAAUAGUUUUUGUGAAGGUUGUUUUUAGAGGUGGGGGUUAUAUGGGGGGGUUUGGGUUGGAUGGGGUUGUGGGGUUGGAUGAGACAUGGUUUGAUUAUGUGGGGAUUUUGGUGGGUGGGUUUGUUAUGUGUGAGGGAGGGGUGGUAUGUGGGGUGUGGGUGUGUUGGGGAUAG